UCGCGACACACCGCAAAGCAGACACAAACACUAAACUAUGGAUUUUGGCGGAGAUAAUGGAAAGUACAGCAAAGAAGAGGAGAUGCAGCUUCAGCAAAGACUGGGAAACUACAUAUCACUGGGUGAAGCCGGUGCAAGGUGAUUCUCAGAGAGUUUUCUGUGAAGUUUGCCAGAGUUCGUUUUCCGUUUCACACGGUGGGGAAUACGACGUGAAGCGACACAGUACAUGCGAGACCCACCUCUCAGCUUUGGCCCACGGUGGACUGUGACUUGUGACCGUUCACCUGGAGUCAGCUGGGACAGGCUUUGGUCCCCCCAUGACCUGCUACAGGAUAAAGUGCAGCCGCAGGAGCGUCCCGCUAACUACCCACGAACUGCACCGCGGGGCUCGGCGGGGGACCUGCAGGCGAAGCACCGCCCGGCUGAGCUAGCCCGCCCGGCGCAUGGACGCUCCGGCACAAUGGCAGAGGAUGUGGGGGUGCCUCUGUCGUCCAACAACAACAGGUCGCAUGGAUAAUCCCUCUGCAAGCCUCCCGUAUCAUCUCGCGUUUGGGAUGCUGUAGAGCGCCGCUGUCGGCUGGAUGAGGCAGGAGAGAAGAGCCGGAGCGGGGCUCGUCGUCCUGGCUGUCGACUGAAGAGGAAACACGGCGUGGAGCAGGUGUAGUGUGGCCGGGGGGCUCAGCAGGAUGGAAAUAGAUGCCCGUUUUCGCUACUAUUUCCAGCACCCGUGGUCGCGUCUCAUCGUGGCCUACCUCGUCACCUUCUUUAAUUUCCUCAUCUUCGCCGAGGACCCCGUCUCUCACAGUCAGACGGAGGCCCAUAUGAUCGUGGUGGGCAACUGCUUCUCCUUCCUGUUCAACAAGUACCCAGGCCUCGGGUGGAACAUCCUGAAAGUAAUAUGCUGGAUACUGGCCAUUAUCACUGGCCUGUUAGCCGGGAAGUUUAUAUUCCACCGCCAGCUCUUUGGUCGAUACCUGCGCCUGAAAAUGUUCCGCGAGGAUCAUGGCUCCUGGAUGACCAUGUUCUUCAGCACCAUCCUCUUCCUCUUCAUCUUCUCACACAUCUACAACCUUUUCCUGCUGAUGGCUGGAAGCAUGGAGCCUCACAUGGUGACAGAAUACAUGGGCAUCAGAAAUGAGAGUUUUAUGAAGAUUGCUGCAGUGGGGACAUGGAUGGGAGAUUUUGUUACUGCUUGGAUGGUGACAGAUAUGAUGCUCCAGGAUCAGCACUACCCAGACUGGGGCAAAGCUGCCAGAAGAUUCUGGAAACAAGGCAACAACAGGAUUGUCCUCUUCUGGACAGUGCUCAUCUCUCUGACGUCGGUGGUGGUUCUGGUCAUCAGCACCGACUGGAUCAGCUGGGACAACCUGAACCGAGGCUUCCUGCCCAGCGAUGAGGUCUCCAGAGCCUUCCUAGCCUCCUUCAUCUUGGUCUUCGACCUUCUCAUUGUCAUGCAGGACUGGGAGUUCCCUCACUUCAUGGGUGACCUGGAUAUGAAUCUACCAGGAAUGUCAACAACGCACGUGAAGGUCAAGCUUCCUGUCUGCAAGCGUAUCUUUAAAGAGGAGUACCACAUUCAUAUCACAGGUAAGUGGUUCAACUACGGUAUCAUCUUCCUUGUGCUGAUUUUGGACCUCAACAUGUGGAAGAACCAGAUCUUCUACAAGCCCUAUGAGUACGGUCAGUAUGUCGGGCCUGGUGAGAAGAUCUACACGGUGGAGGAGCCAGAAACACUCAGGAACUUCAACCACAGCACGCUCACCUACGAGUGGCGCUCCACCAACAUCGAUCCAAACACCAACUCAACCUAUGUUGAGCGGGACAUGUUCCUCCACAGUCGCUACAUUGGAACCAGCCUGGACAUCAAAUGCCUGGCCUUUAUUCCAAGCCUGGCGGCGUUCGUCCUCUUUGGGUUCUUUAUCUGGUUGUUUGGCCGAUUUCAAGACAGCGAGACCUUCACAGAAAAUCAAGACAAGACGUAUGAGAGGAUAAAGAGGAAGUCGCCGUCGGAGUACAGCAAGGAGAUGGGCGUGACACCAGAGGAGAUGCACGUGACCAUGAGUGAUAGUCUGAAACGAUCGGGAACACCGAUGCUUCUGUCGGUGGAUGGGCCACAUUUUGGAGCAACACCUUCGACGAAUUCAACUAUUUCCAUGGAAACCCAAGAGACACAUCCAAGCAUUGUGAUUGACAGUGUGUCGCAGGAUGAACCAGCAGUCUCUUUUGAUGUCCACAAACUCUCUCCGUAACCUUAAGAACUCCUGAAACUUUGAACUAUUCAAAGCAGACCGGUUGGAAGUACGAUAAUCAGUGAGCUCACAAUGUGAUUCAUGAAGAUCUCACAUUGUUAAGACUGAGCUGUAAGAGAAAGAUGUUUAACACAACUAUUCAUGCAAAAGACAAAGUGAUACUCACCAAGCCAAGCCAACUCCGAUGGCUAUUGCAGUCGUUUUAAUAUAUUUUUGUAUAACAACCUUUUUAAAGCCUCUAAACUGGCGCCAGUUCUGAUAACAAACAGAUCUUUUGAAACAGAAUGCAAACUCUUAAUUGACAUGGUGCUCGCUUGGAUUUUGCAUUUUCAUAAUUGAAUUUUGUCACGGUAAACUAAUGGGUGCCUAUAUCAGAGGAGUGUUUCCACAGCUGUGACAUUGCAGUCAGGUGGAUUUUAUUGUAUCAGAGCAGUGUUACAGCUACAACAGUGCCUUGAUGUUUCAUAUCUUCAGAUACAGACAGAAACGUAUUCUAACAGCCUAAACUACUAUAGGCAACAAAAUGGAAGAUGUCCCAGUUAUGGUCUGCUUUAUAAAUGUCUGAUAUAUGUUUUCAUAUCAUACGGACAGUUGUUACCUCAUUUGAUCCUCAGACUUUAUCAGUUUAAUUUGUUCUCCUGUGACGUUGCUCUUACUCAUUUUUAAAUGUAUAUUUCUUGUUGAAAUGAAAUAAUUAUCGACACCAAUGUGCGGUGAUGACCUAUUCAUAUCCCCUCACUUGAUGCUAGUUGCAGAGAUAAUAAAUGCAAUCAGCAGAGAUCAAAUAGCAACGCAACAAGCCACCUCAUGAUUGCUUAUGUGGCUGCUGCUCCUCCACUGAAUACCAACAGAGUCGGAAAGGUGGUUUUGCCCUUGGCAUAAACAUGCCAUUGAAGUGCAGGAGUGGUGUCUUCUCCAAAGCUCAGGGCUUCUUCACGUCUAGAUAAACCUUAAAUGAUUUAAAAGCAGUUUUGCAGGUAAAUGCAUGAAAAAUAUUUAUUUGGAACAUUAUCCUACUAUUUAUAUUUUUAAAAAAUCCUUCAUUUCAAACUCAGUUGAAAGCUGCAGCAUUUAUCUUUACAGUAGCUUUAAAAGUGGCUCUUUCCCAUAUUUUCUUGUGCUACUCGAUUUCUCUAAAAUACACAUAUUUUGGUCCAAAAAAAGCUUGCCCUUUGAAUUUUUUCCUGUAAAAUGCAAGGACCAAAUAAAUUACUACUAUAGUACUAACUUUUUUCUUAUAAGUUUGUCAGUAUUUCAACUCAAAUAUACAGGAGUACUUUACAUAUAUUUGUGACCAAAGAUGCCAAACAAUACAGUAUUUUGAACAGAUAUUGCUACAACAGCAAAUUUACUAAUUUUAAAGGAAUAUAUACUAUAUAUAUAUAUAUAUAUAUAUAUAUAUAUAUACAUACUCAUGAAAGACAACAUGGAAUGAUAUUAUGCAUCUAUUUGCAUUACUGUAUAAUGCACUAUAUUAUGCUAUACUAUAGUGUCCAGUGUCUGAAAUAAUUUACCUAAAAAAAGAAACAACUAAUGCAAGUAACUACAUCUUAACACCCAAAUACUUACAAAAUGAACAUAAUUUGCUUUCAAAGUAACCUGUCACCCAACAGUACAGGAAUAUGGAGUUUGGAGUGGGCCACCAGAAUAGUACUAUAGAUGUUUAAAAUGUUUCAUCAUAGUCUCUUUGGAAACUGAUAACAUUUUAAAAGCUGGUUCAAACCAGUUGCAUUAUUUUUGCUUCAGUUAACAUAAUAAUGCAUAAAAAAUUUGGUCAAAACUUUAAUAUCUUUACUCAGACUUUAAAUGGUGAAUUAAUUAUCAGAUUUUAAUGUCACAAAUUUUGAAAAGAGGGGGGUUUGGGGUGACUAUUUUAUGAUCCAUUUAAGUAAUUGGUAGUUUAUUAUUGCUGCAUUUAAACUUCCCUGCAAUUAAUUAGCUUAGGAUUUGUUUACUGAUUCUAUUAAUCCAUGAAUUAAUAUGUAACACUGUACAACAUUCUGUUUAUUCUGGUGGCUCAUUUCCUGUGUGUGUGUGUGUGUGUGUGUGUGUGUGUGUGUGUGUGUGUGUGUGUGUGUGUGUGUGUGUGUGUGUGUGUGUGUGUGUGUGUGUGUGUGUGUGUGUGUGUGUGUGUGUGUGUGUGUGUGUGUGUGUGUGUGUGUGUGUGGAGGCUUCUGAACUGUCUAGGUAUUUGCUACUGCACUUGUUUUCCUCAAAGGCCAUUCUGUGAAGAGGUCGAUUUAUUUAGCAUAAUUGGUUUGCAGCUCUUGGUUGUGUAAUUAUCCUUUUAUACAUUAAAGCUGUGUGGUGACAUCAGAUAUUAGUGUUUGACCAAAGGGCAGAACCUCUUUGGACACAAAGGGGCUCUAAUAUGUUUGUAAUGUAGCUAUUGUGUUUAGGUUAAAAGUGAGGGCUUCAUCUUCAUCGUUCAGACUGUUUUCAUUGUGUUGUGUUGCAAAGCUGACACUUCCUUCAAUUCCUGUGUGUUUUUAAAGCAGAGGAAAUCUUUCAGUGUGUGUGCAGUGUACUGUACAUCUGUUGGACCUUGUGUUACCAAUAAAUUAAUACAUUUGUUACAUACUGUA